CGAAAUUCAAAACUUAAACCCUUCCAAAGCGCCUACAAACAGGCAAUCCACCACACACACAGCUAGACGCUCAGUUCCGAACGGUCUUCUGGAACAGCUCGGACCGUAGCUUGUGAAAUCUAACACCUUUUUUACGACAGUCAUAAAAAAAUCGACGGUUACUUCUUUCUUUCCGAGCAUUUUCAUCGGAAGAUCUAACUAACUCUCGAAUGUAAGUGCAGCGUUUGAGAGCAUUUGGACGUUGUUUGGGGAACCAGAAAAGCACGCAGAGAGACAGAAAAUCCGAAAUCUAAUUGAAAACUGAACCAAUCACAACUCUCGAAAAGCAAUAAAAUUGUAGCCGCCGAAAGCCGAGGGAACUGGAGUCUCCUCGAGACACAGAUUUCUCAGUCUAUUCGUGCUCCAGCAGCCCACCAGUGCAGUACACUUUGAAAUCAGUGCUCUCUCAAAAUUAGUGCUGUGCUCUCUGUCCUUGGAGUCUCAAGCCAAAGGUUCAGUCCACCGCUGUACAAGAAGAUACAACAAAUCUUUGAACUCUCUGCAAUAUAUCGAUACCACACCGUACUUCGAUAUGGAUUUAUUGGGUGACGCCGAUACCUGGAUGUCCAAUUCCAACGACGAGCCCGAUGGAAUUUUGUACGACGCAGACACAAAAAUAGAAAUACUAAAGAGUUUACGAGAAGGCGUCAAUUGGGAGAACGAAGAAGAGCGAGUCGAAUUUCUUCGUCGAAUUUUUCCCUUGCUCGUCGAUUGGAGGUGCGGACUCCCAAACGUCCUAGACAUUUUUCGAAGGGAGGAAAUCGAGCUCCUCAUAUCGGAUUCCGUCGAUUACUGGGGCGUGGGCGACGACGAAGUUCGAGGAUACCUGUUCGCCGAAUUCGUGGCUCGCAGCGGCUACAAGGACGAGUCCUCCGAACUCGACGGACGGCCGCUGCCGCGUCACGUCGCACUGGUGCAUCGCGUCUUCGGCCGCAGAAACCUCAACAAGAACGUCGUCGCGAAUCUGUUCGAAUUGUAUCCCAGAUUCGACGCUGCACAUUUUCACGCGGCCUGCGGCUCCGGCCUCGUCGACGUCGUGGAGAAAUUUCUCGAGCACGGCCAGGUUGAUCCCAACCAUCUCGUCCCGGAAACGGGCGAUUCGCCGCUCCACUUGGCUCUGGGCAACAAUUACAAGAAGGUAGCCGAAUCGUUGCUGAGACGAGGUGCCGAUCCAAAUCUGGCCAACGACAACGACGGAAAGACUCCUCUGCACGUUCUCUGCCGGCACAGCAGCAAGUUCGACUCGCUGAGGUCUUUCUUCAAGAUCUGCGCCGAAUUGAAUCAGCCGGUGCUGGUCGACGCUCGGGACAAGUGCGGUCGGACGGCGCUGCACUGGGCCAUGCGUCACGAGCACGCGAGAACGGCCGAGCUGUUGCUGAGACGAGGCGCCGAUCCCAAUGCAGCCGACGAGGACGAGGACACGCCUCUGCACACUUUUUGCAGGGCGAGAACGAGGGACGACGACCGUCUGUUGAGGCGAUUUUUCAAGAUCAACCAAGAGCUGAAGCGGACUGUGCGGGUCGACGCUCGGGACAAGGAGGGUAGCACGACGCUACACUUGGCUCUGCACUACGGCUACGGGAAAAUAGCCGUUACCCUGCUGCGAAACGGGGCGGAUCCGAACCUGGCCGAUGCGAAAGGAUCGACUCCUCUGCACUUCCUGUGCCGCAAGAGCUGCCAAGUGGACUUAUUGAAGACUUUGUUCGAGAUCGGCGACGAGACGCAUCGGCCGGUGCAGAUUGACGCUCGAGACAACGAAGGCCGGACACCGUUGUUCUUGGCUAUGCGGCACAACUUCUACAAAAUAGCCGUAUUUUUGCUGAGAAGAGGCGCCGACCCGAACGCGAGCGAUACAAAGGCAUUGUUUACUCCUUGGAAGCUCGUUAUCAGCAGAGCGAGCCGUAGCGACGAUUUCGACCUGGAGGCGUUCUUCGAGGCGAUCGGCGACGAGGCGCGGCGUAGGGUGCAGAUCAACGGCAGGAACAAGCGCGGACACACUUCGUUGUGCAUCGCUCUGGGCCUCGCCAGCAAGAGGGUGGCCGAGUGGCUGCUGAGACGAGGCGCCGACCCCGACGCGGUCACCGUCGAGGGAUUGACUCCUCUGCAUCUUUUAUGUCGGAAUAGCAAGGAUAAGUAUUCCGGCUUGGCCGAGUGGUUGCUCGAGAUCGGCGAAGACGUCAUGGGUCGGCCGUUGCGGCUCGACGCUCGGGACGAUCUGGGCCGGACGCCGCUUUACUACGCUCUGAAAAGGGCCAGCAAGACCGUGGCCGAGCUGCUGCUGAGACGAGGCGCGGAUCCCAAUCUGGCCGACGCGGAGGGAUGGACUCCUCUUCACGUUAUCUGCAGGAUGACCACCGCUAACAGCCCCGACGAGAUCGCGAAGAGCUUCUUCGACGUCUGCGACGAGAUGCAGCUUGAGGUCGAGAUCGACGCUCGGGACAAGCUGGGCUGGACGGCGCUCAACUCCGCUCUGUACUACGGCAACAAGAGGGCGGCCGAGCUGCUGCUGAGGCGGGGCGCCGAUCCGAAUGUGGGUGACGCGGAGGGAUUCACGCCUCUGCACGUGAUCUGCGAUAGGGCCCCCUCGGACGACACGGCCGAGUGGUUCUUCGAGAUUUGCCAAGAAGUCGAUCGGCCGGUGCUGGUCGACGCGCGGAACGACUUCGGCGAGACACCGUUGCAUCUGGCUGCGAAAGGCGGACACAGAGAUCUCGUGAGGUGGCUGCUGCGCAAGGGCGCCGAUCCGAACGCGGUCAACGAGAUCGGAUUAACUUGUCUGCACCGGGCCUGCGACAGAGACAAAGACGAAGACGACGGCGACGUCGACGACGACGAGCUGGCGAGGAUGUUGCUCGACGACGCGGACCCGAAGUAUCGGCCGGUGCUGCUCGACGCGCCGGACUGCGACGGCGACACGCCGCUGUACCUGGCUCUGAUCGGGGGCCACAGAAGACUCGCGGAGCUGCUGCUGAGGCGGGGCGCCGAUCCCAAUCACGUAGACAAGGAGGGCUGUAACGCGCUGCACAUGAUUUGUAGCAGAUACAGCAGCGGCGAGGAGGAUGACGACUUUUUGGAUAUGUUCUUCAGGAUCGUCGACGAGCUGAAUCGGCCGGUGGAGAUCGACGCGCGGGACGACGAGGGCAACACGCCGCUGCUCUGCGUCGCGGAAGAGGCCAGAUUGCACGAGGUCGAGCUGCUGAUGAGACGAGGCGCCGAUCCCAAUGCGGCCAACGACGCUGGAACCACGGUUCUGCACUACAUGUGCAAGGAUUAUUACAAAGGAAACGAGAAGCAUCUGAGGGAUUUUUUCGAGAUGAGCAGUAGGAUGGGCAAGCGGUUGCGGGUCGACGCGAGGGACGCGGCGGGCUUGACGCCGCUGGAGACGGCCGUGGCGGGUCUCUCGCCGGCCAAGGUCGACGUACUUCUGGACAACGGUGCCGAUCUCGCCAACUUCGUGUUCCCCGGCGUGAGCUACUACGAGGAUAUAUUCGAGAGGUUGUCCGACGACGCGGACGCCCAAGUCGAGUUCAAAUUGUGCCUGGCGACCGGCCUCAUGGAGGCACUCGCGUGCUUGGAGAAGAGAGGAUACGCGCUGGUUCGUAGCGACGCCUUGACCAUCGUGAAAGUGCUCGUCAAGUUCGAGGCGUUCGAGGAGUCGACCCGCAGUCAGUCGACCCCCUGCUACGAGGACAUGGAAUUCGCCGAGAAAGCCAAAAAGAUAUGGAUACCCCUGAAUCCGGGUAUCUCGUUCUACGACUUCAUUCGGCUGAGUAGCGAGCGGGCGGCCGAGGUAUUCACGACGAGCGCCUACUACAUGAAGCUGCUGCGGACGAAGUGGCUGAACGUGUUUUCCGAGAUGCAUCGCGGGUGGUGCAUCGCGCGCAUGUGCGACAACGUGCUGAGGCGAUUCUUACGGCGCUGCGCGACGGACUUUUUCCUGGAGCUGACGCGCCACCGGCUGCCCGUUCUCUGCUGCGACUCCGUCAUCGAGCAGACGAUGUGCCAAGAUCUGUGCAAUAUUUGCUUGGCCGCCGAGCUGGGAGAAGUUCGCGAUUAGGCAUCAUUUGCCUAUA